AUGGUGUCUUCCAGUCUCUUUGUUGUCCUUGGCCUUGCUGCUCUUGCAUUUGCAGCUCCUAAUCCCCCUCGCAUUCUUGCCGCUGACGACAUCGUUCUCCUCAACCAUGAUGGCACUUCUCGAAUCAUGAAGGCCGCCGACUACGAGGCCCUCGAGAUUGCAGCCGCCGUUCGCAAUUCCUUCGAUUCUCAUGACAACAUCACUAGCACGCCUGGCAUAGUCCGACGCGGUUGCGAGAAGAGCAACGAAGUCCAGGUCAUGUCGGACGAAUCUUUCCUCAACUCCGAUGUUGCUAUUUCUCCAAUCGCUUCAUCUCUUGGCAACGUUACAACCACACUUCGCGUCUCGAACGGAUUCAAAGUCGCAAAUCACCUCAAGAUCGGUAGCCAGAUCACUUUCGGCGGCGAUUCCAUUGUCAAGGUGUCGCUUGGCAUGAAUCUGGACAUAGAGUGGUCCACCUCUCAAGAAAAUUCGCUCAAAUACGAGGUGCCGGCCAACAUGUAUGGCGUCAUUGUCAGCCAGCCCUACGUUCGUCGCAUGCAGGGCCACUUGCUGAGCGGCUGCACGGACAGCCCUGCCAAGACCCCUUUCACGGCCGACACGUACGAGAGCCAGAGCUACGGGUCACUAUCUUGGGUCAAGGGCGUUAUUCGUCUGUGCAGCAGCGAGACGUACCCGAUUCCUUACUGUGUGGGUCAGGGCCAGCAUACAUAA